CUCUUGGAGAGUGAGGGAGAAUCUUUUCGCCCUGAAAAAGAGCAAAGCGUCAGGCCUUUCCCCCGGUUCCUAGUUUUGGUACUACUCCACCGGCAUCAUUCUCCCCGUCCCCAACGAACCAGCGGAGCUCGCAUCGCAGCCAACAAAAGAGAAGGGAUCAGCCGCCCACGGACACGCAGCGAAGCAUCGAUCGCCAGUUCGCCGGAGCGGUCGGAAGGCAUGGGGGACGCCGUCGCAAACCACCCUAUCCUCGCGGUGGGUGAUGUCGGACAAUCGAGCUUCGGCGUCAACCCAUCCGCCGCUGCUACCGGCGGCGGGUUCGUGGCCCUCGACGUCGGCGCGCUGUCGUCGUCCCUCGCCGGCGACGCUGGCCCGCCGCCGGGUACGCCCACCGCGCCCCCACGGACACCCACCGCGCCCCCGCGGACACCCAAGGUGGUGAGGUCGCUGUCGCGGAAGGGCGACAGGAAGCCGACCGACGGCGACGCCAACGGCACCGCCGGUGGCGGUGGAGAGCGGCCGCAGCUGUUCGUGCACGUAGCGGCCGGCGACCUCGGCGACGCGCCCAGCAGCGCGCGGCUAGUCGUGCACACGCCGCUGGCCAGCACGCCCGGGAGCAAGUCCCGGCGGUUCGGCAGGCGGCCGGCGCCGUGGCUGGAUCCCCGGAGGGUCGUCUUCCUCUUCGCCACGCUGUCCAGCGUGGGGACGCUCAUCCUGCUCUACUUCACGCUCUCCAUGAGCAGGGCGGACUCCAGCGGCAGUGGCGGCGGCGGCGCCAGCGACGCGCGGUGAAAGUCCGGCCAUCGACAUCGAAAGGCCGAAGAGGCGAUAUUUUGGUGUUCCGAGCUUUUCUCUCUCUCCCUUUUUUGCUGAACAAGAUAACUGGGAAAGAUUUCGAGGGGGGUACUGUAAUCCCGGCGUAAAAGAAAGGUCAGUCUCACAGAGGAAAACUGAACGGCAGUGAAGAGAUCAGGCUUGUUGGGGUUUGAUGGACAAGUUUGUUUUCUUUGAAACACUGAUGGACAAGUUUGUGGUGGCGGCUAAUGGCUAUCCUUGUUUUUUUUUCCUUUUCUUUUUCUUUUUUCUGACUGCCCAAAAAAGGGUACAUGUCGCUUUACAACGACAAACAGAUAUUGUAUUUUUCAUUUGUUCCUGGUGCUGCAAACAGAAUCAUACAAAUUGUGGUA